AUGUAUCUCCCCUCCCUUCUCCCGCUCCUCACCCUCGCUACGAGCGCCCUCGCGUUCAACCGCCCCCUCAGUACCUCAGGCCGCUGGAUCACCGAUGCCACCCGCACCCCCGUCACCGUUGUUGGUACCAACUGGCCGGGCCACCUUGAGCCCAUGAUCCCCGAGGGUCUGCAAUACCAAUCCUACAAGACCAUCAUCGCGCGCAUCAAGAGCCUGGGCAUGAACACUGUCCGCCUGACCUUCGCGAUCCAGAUGGUCGACGAGAUCUUUGAGCGCAACGGCACGGACGUCAGUCUCCGAGAGACGCUGGUCAACGCACUUGGGCAGGCGAACGGCACGAAGGUGCUCGAGAGCGUGCUGAAGAGCAAUAAAGACUUUUCGGCAGAGAUGCCGCGGUUGGAGGUGUGGAGGAAGGUGGCGGCGGAGAUGGGGAGGCAGCAGGUGGCGCUGCAUCUGGAUAAUCAUGUGUCGAAGGCGCAGUGGUGCUGUGGCGCGCAUGAUGGGAAUUCGUGGUUUGGGGAUGUGUAUUUCGAUGUUGAGAAGUGGAAGCGCGGGUUGGCGUAUCUGGCGGCGAAGGCACCCGAAUGGCCAUCCCUCGUAUCAAUCGGAAUGCGCAACGAGCUGCGCCAGUCAACCGUCUCCCCCGUUCCCCUCCCAUAUGACUUCGAGGACUGGUACAAGCACAUGACCGCCGCGGCCUCUGCCAUCCAUGCCGCCAGCCCCGACGUCCUCAUCUACUUCUCAGGCCUCAACUACUCCGAGACGCUCGCUCCGCUCCCCCUCGGCACCCCUCUCUCCACCACCAACGACAGCCUUAUCUUCCGCGCGUCCGACUUCCCCUGGGCCAACAAGGCCGUCAUGGAGAUUCACGUCUACACCAUGUCCGACCGCAUCAACACCACCAACUGCCACGAGAUGAAGAAGGCCCUGUAUGCGAACGGGUUCAACGCGCUCGACACCAUGAACCCCGAGGUGGUGUAUCCGAUGCCCGUGGUUAUGAGCGAGUUUGGGUUUUCGAUGAAUGACGACGUGUGGAAGGGCGUGUAUGCACAGUGCCUCAAGGAGUUCCUGCCAGAGCGUAGGGCGGGGUGGAUGAAUUGGGCGGUAGCAGGCAGCUAUUAUGUGAGGAGUGGCGGCGUGGAUGUGGAUGAUACAUGGGGGCUGAUGAGCCAUGAUUGGAGUGCGUGGAGGAGUGACAGUACGGUGGGAGAGUAUUUGAAGCCGUUUGUGCGCGAGACUUUGGCGGGGAAGGGCGCAUGUACGUAG